CGCAGGCGCUUGGCGGCCGGAGGGGGCGGGGGUCCAAGCUAAAGUCCAUGACAGGCGGUGCGCGGUUGAGGUGCCUGUGGCUGCUCCGGGUGGGACCGGCGGCUGUGGCACGACGGGGCAGCAGCAGGAGCACGUUCGCCGCUAUGUCUUUACAGUCUCACCGGCUGACUACAGAAGAAAGGAACCAAGUUUUAUAUGACCUGAAAGCUGCAGGAUGGUCUGAGCUAAGUGAAAGGGAUGCUAUAUACAAAGAAUUCAACUUCAAAACUUUCAAUCAGGCUUUUGGCUUUAUGACUCGAAUUGCUCUGCAAGCUGAAAAGAUGAAUCAUCACCCUGAGUGGUUUAACGUGUACAGUAAGGUCCAGAUAACUCUCAUUUCCCAUGACUGCGGAGGGCUGACAAAACGAGAUGUCAAGCUGGCUCAGUUUAUUGACAAAGCUGCUGCAUCUGUCUAACAAUGAGGUGUUGAAAUUAUCAUGGAACUGCAGUUCUUUCUAUAUGAGACAUUUCUUCACUCUUCUCUGUUUCUGUGAUUUUGAGCCUUAAAUUACCCCCUUCCUUUGAGGUUAUGCCUCGUAUAUGCCAGUCUGCUGUAGACAGAUCCUGAGAUUGAAGUAUGUGUUCAGAAAGAUUUCCUAGGCAUAUAGAAUAAAAAGGACUGUGGUACUCAGAAGCCCUUCUUUAUCCUCUGUUCUUGGGAGGGACAUAUUCUACGAAUGGUAGCUGGCCUCCUCCUACUUCAGACUCUGAUUCACAAAAGGAAAAAAUGUGGGUGCCCAGGUAACCCUCCAGUCUUGGGGGAAUGCUGUCACCAGCCUGUGUAUGAAUGUAUACUACUCUAGA